AUGUCCAGCGCCGUCUCCCAUGCUUCCUCUUCGCUGCUGCGGCCGCGCGCCGUUCCCCUCCAGUCCGAGAAGUCGGACGUGAGCCUCACCCCACCAGCUUCUCAGCUAGGCCUAGAUGCAAGUGGUCGCUCCACCCCCAUCCCUGACGAUGCUCCUCCCUCGGUGCAUUCAAUCUCAACGGCCCGCAAGCAGGUGCGCGCUCGGAACCGCCUCUUUUAUACCAUUGACUACGUACCGCGCGUGUCUCACUUUGAUCCGGACAGCGACUACCAUAACUUUCGCGGGUUCUUUGUCCUCUUCUGGAUCUCGCUCGUCAUCAUGGUCGUCACUACCGUACUGCGCAAUAUUAAGGAUACCGGGUACCCGUUGCGAGUGCGGGUGUGGAGCUUGCUGAGUGCCAAUGUAUGGGAGCUGGGCUUGAGCGAUCUCGCCAUGGUUAUGAGCUCGAGUCUGGUCCUGCCGUUGCACCGGCUGUACCGUCGUGGCCCGCGUUGGAUGCAGUGGGCUCGUGGAGGCAUGAUUGUGCAGAGCAUCGCCGAGGCAGUGUGGCUAGCUGUUUGGAUAAACUGGCCGUUUAUGCGCAUUUGGACUUGGACCGCCCAGGUCUUCUUCACCCUUCAUGUCUUGACCAUUCUCAUGAAGCUGCACUCAUACGCCUUCUACAAUGGUCAUCUCAGUACCACCGAGCGUCGUCUUGCAGACCUAGACAAGGCAGGCGAUGUCGCCCCUAGCUUGCCUAAGGCAGUUCACUACCCGGAACCCCAACGCCGUCGCCCGUCUGUGAAGCAAUUUCUCGACGAGGACCCGGGUACCGAGGAGCCCGUGGACCGUCUGCGUGAAGACCUAGCUACGGAAUUGACCUCCCCACUGGGCAAUAUCUCCUAUCCCCAGAACCUUCAUAUUGGGAACUAUGUAGACUUCCUCUUCUGCCCAACCCUCUGCUAUGAGCUCGAGUACCCACGCCGCAAAGAGCGCCGCUGGUCAGAGAUCGCAUACAAGACAGCUGCUGUGUUUGGCUGUAUCUUCCUCCUUACUCUUACUAGUGAAGAGUUCAUUGUGCCAGUCUUGAGUGAAGCCAGUACCCAGCUUCAAUCAUACCCGAAUCUUGCGGAUAAGGCUCUUGUAUUAGCUGAGACAAUCAGUAUGCUCCUAUUCCCCUUUAUGAUCACCUUCCUUUUGGUGUUCCUUGUCAUCUUCGAAUACGUUCUAGGUGCAUUCGCAGAACUUACUCAGUUCGCGGACCGACACUUCUACUCAGACUGGUGGAACUCCUGUGACUGGCUCGAAUUUUCCCGAGAAUGGAACGUCCCUGUCCACCACUUCCUCUUCCGUCACGUCUACUUCCCCGCUCGAUCCAACUUCUCCCAGCCCAUCGCCAUGCUCAUCACCUUCUUGGUGAGCGCUGUUUUCCACGAAUUGGUCAUGAGUUGCAUCACCAAGAAGCUUCGUGGAUAUGGUUUUAUGGCCAUGAUGCUGCAGUUGCCCAUCGUUGCUAUCCAGAAGUCUCGCUUUUUCAGAGGCCGGACUGUUCUUAACAACGUCUUCUUCUGGUUCUCAAUGAUUCUGGGUCUUUCCAUGAUGUGUGUAUUCUAUGUCUUGGUUUAA